AUGGCCACUGGACCUCUACUUCCUGCCACGAUCCGCCUGCCUCACCCAUAUCUCACUACCUACCGCAUCCAUGAGGUAAACAACAACGAAGCUCCCACACGCUACGGCACGAAGCUCCUCCAGAUCCGUUACGAACCUCGAAGCUCGGGAAAGACUCCUACCCAGAAAGAUGCAAGAGCGCCGCCUGAGCAGCUGCACAACAAUGUCUGCUUCUCCAACCCCGUACAAGAUCAAAGAGAAGACCAACUUCCUCCUGAAUCCAACAACUUCUUCUGGGGAAGAGUGAGGCGGGCACCAAAGGCCGACUUUGUGUGGAACGAGCCUUCAGCUCCAACAAUUGGGCAGGUAUGGCUCAUAUUAUACGCUCUCUUCUCCUUGCGACCAGAGCUCGAAUACUUCCGUUUGGGCCUAGUAGGCGUGGGACGAGAGCAAUUGGCGGAGGAGUUGAAGGCAGUGCAUCUUGCAUGCCAGCAUCCCGUGCCAGAGGGAAAGUCCAGCACUGACCCAGAUGCCUAUGUUGACGAGCUGGUCCUCCUACGAAGCACCUUCUGGCAAGGCGCUGGGUGUCCUUUCGGUCCACGGCCAGUGUGGGCACCAGACACCAACCAGAUCUCCGGUAGAGAGCUUGCCACUUUCCCUAUCCAGCCUCUCGACUACACCGCAAGCUGCAAAUUCCCCAGCGAGCGAGUCCAUGCCUUCCACCCGCGUCGACCGCAAAAGCCUGCGCCUGGAUCGAUCAUCUACAGCAGGUACAUUCCGCAUCUCGACGAGCAUUUCAGCAUGUAUGCGCUGGACUACAAUAACGAUGAGCAUCUCCGCCUAUUCAACCAAUGGCAGAAUGACCCCUUCGUGGCAGCUGGGUGGAAUGAGACGGGCACGCUGGAGCAGCACCGGGAGUACUUGAGAAAACUGCACGAGGAUGCACAUACCAUGACCGUAUUGGCAAAGUUUGAUGACACUUUCUUUGCGUACUACGAGAUCUACUGGGGCAAGGAGGACCACUUCGGUGUCUACGCCGAUGCGGGCGACUUCGAUCGUGGACGACAUUCCCUGGUGGGAGACACCCGCUUCCGUGGCAAGCACAGAGUCUCGGCUUGGUGGUCUAGCAUUAUCCACUAUCUCUUCCUCGAUGAACCCCGAACGCAGAGUGUCAUUGGCGAGCCCAAGAUGACCAACAGUACAGUUUUGAGUUAUGAUUUGAUGUGCGGCUUUGGCGUGAUGAAGUAUGUGGACUUGACUCACAAGAGGAGCGCUUGCAUGAAGGUGGGAAGGGAGAGAUUCUUCCAGUUGUGUCCCUUGCAUUUUGAUGGAGAAACAAAUGUGGGUGGGACAGGUAUCAAGUUGUUUGCAAAGUUAUAA